AUGCCGGUCCAGUCGACGCUGGCGUGGGGGUUCAAUGCGCAACUACAGGGUAUCCUGAAGCAGUUGGUGUAUAUUUUACGGCUUUACACCAGUCGGCGAGAUGACUACCGCUCGAAGCUGCUCAAGCUGCUUCGAAACAACCCUUCUUAUCUGCUUAUUGGCGGUCUAGUCGGCGUCACUUUUGUGGCCCAAUCCCGAAGCCGUGGUAAAUUGUUCCGGCCCCUGGAUAGUGAUGCUCCGAGGUCCCGCAAACUCAAGAAUGGCGCCCGGGAGCUCUGGGUUCCCUACAAGAACAAGCUGGCUCGGGUCAUCGUACCCAAGACGCCGGAAGAGCUUUUUGAUGCCCACCAGCGCCUCUUCUUGAAUAUCGACAAUGAGGCAGGAUAUGGGCUCGGAAGCGAAAAGGCUAUUCUAAGUAGACGCCGCAACCAGCAAAUGCGGUUUUUCUGGCAGUUCAGGGCCCUGUUUUCCAUCUUGCUCCCUAGCGUCUUUUCCCCGAUUGCCGCUCUCAUGGCCCUGCACAUGGGCCUGCUAACUUUUCGCACUUAUUUAUCUCUCAAAGUGGCCAAUCUUGAUGGCCAUAUUGUCCGUCACCUCAUUGCCGCAAAUGGCAAAGAGUUCACUCAGAGCAUCAUCGAGUGGCUUUUAUUGGCUAUCCCGGCAUCCUACACGAAUGCAAUGAUUCGUUAUCUGGAAGCGAAGAUUUCGCUUGAAUUCCGCACGAAACUCAUUCGCUACAUUCACGAUCUUUACAUUGGGCCCCGCAUGGAAUACUACAAGCUCACCAAUUUAGACGGCGCUAUCGAGGGGGCUGAUCACUAUAUCACGAGUGACCUCAUCAACUUUUGCGACUCAGCGGCAUCGCUCUACUCGAAUCUUGGUAAGCCCACUAUUGAUUUGAUAUUUUUUGCCUAUCAGCUUUCUCACAACCUCGGCAGCGUUGCCUUGCUGGGCAUCUUUGCAAACUAUGGUAUUACUGCGUGGCUUCUUAAGCGUGCAGCACCGGCAUUUGGUCGUCUUGCAGCUAAGGAGGCGGCCUUUGAAGGCGAGUAUCGUGCAUCCCAGCAGCGUAUCAUCACAAACUCGGAAGAGAUUGCAUUUUAUGAUGGUGCACCAAUUGAGCGGCAGUCGCUCACCCAAUCUUACAAAAAGCUACGAGAUCAUAUUGCCAGAGUUUUACGCGUGACUGCCGUUUACAACGUUCUUGAAGACUAUGUUCUCAAAUACUCUUGGUCCGCCUCAGGCUUUUUGUUUGCUUCCGUGCCGGUCUUUUUACCAUCUUGGACUGGCGAUAGCUUCGAUCGUCAUGCAACCCUUAGCGCCCCCAACCGUGAACGGUCUCGCAUGGGCGACUUUAUCACUAAUAAGCGUCUUAUGCUUUCAAUGGCGGAUGCGGGUGGGCGUAUUAUGUAUUCGAUCAAAGAUCUAACCCAGCUGGCUGGUUAUACUGGUCGUUUGUACGACCUUGUAGCAGCUCUUCAUCGGGUGCGUGCUAACGCUUAUCACAGGUUGGCAAUCGAGGAAGAUAUUGAGUAUGAGGAGUACUCUUUGGCUGAUGUCAGAGGUGAAUAUCAUCUUGGAUGUGAUGAGUUCAGUCUACAUCAAGCACCAGUUAUCGUGCCAGGUCUCGGGAGAGACCUGAGUGCUGGUGAGCCCUUGAUUGACCCAAUCACUUUCAAGAUCCAGCAAGGCGAGCAUCUACUUAUCACCGGUGCCAAUGGCGUAGGCAAGUCCUCAAUUGCCCGUAUGGCUGCUCGCAUGUGGCCGCUGUAUAGGGGUAUUCUGUGUCGCCCUACAGCUAAAAAGAUCCGUUUCUUGCCUCAACGUCCCUACUUUAGUUGCAGCACGCUUCGAGAUCAGAUCAUUUACCCCGCUACCCAUUCUGAAAUGCUCAAAGCUGGGAUCACCGAUGAAGACCUCAUGGAUAUUCUGCGGCAGGUCAAGCUGGACUAUCUGCCAGAGCGAGAAGGCGGCUUCAACGCUGUAAAGGAAUGGAAGGAUGUGUUUAGUGGUGGCGAAAAGCAACGCAUGCUGUUCACCCGUCUACUAUUCGCCAAGCCCCAGUUCGCAGUAAUCGACGAAGGUACGUCUGCUGUCAGCCAGGACGUUGAGGGGCUUUUGUACGAAGCCUGCAAACGCAAUGGCAUCACCUUGAUCACAAUCAGUCACCGUAUCUCUCUCCUCAGGUACCAUACGGCAACUUUGACCGUUGGCCUGGGUGCAGAGGGCACGCAAUGGCAGUUCGAGCAUAACCAGACCGAUCAAGCGCGGGUGACCACAGAAAAGACCAUUUCCCAGCUGCGCGAAAAAAUCGCCAAGUACCCCGCUCUCAGAAAACGGAGGCAGGAAAUCUUGCAAAUGCUCGGCGUACCUGCCAGACCAGAAACUGGAGCGGUCAAGAGUUAA